GACGCUGGGCGGGACUUUCGGCUUUGCGUGCAGGAGGCUCUUUGAAACUUUCUGGAUCUGUCAGUCUGGUUCAGAGAAAACUGGUUUUAUCAGUAUUGGUCAUGGCAGGGAAACCGGAGAGUUGAAACGUUUUUUUCUCCGUCACGGAGACGAAUCUGAGGUUUGCGACAACCCGUGUGAUCUGAUCCAGGCUUCGAGUGAGGAUGGCCGCGUCCCAGGGCCCCACCAUCCUCUGGAGCCCAAUGGUGAUUGUGGAGGCUGCGGGUGGAGCCCUGCCCCAGGUUUCCCAGUAUUCAGUGAAACCUGCCAACCAGGAAGAGGGCGGCGUGUCCUUUGAGGAUGUGGCUGUGUACUUCUCCUGGGAGGAAUGGACACUGCUCGAUGACUCUCAAAGGCUCCUGUACCAGACUGUGAUGACAGAGAUCUUAACACUCAUGUCCUCGCUGGGACUUAUACCUUCUGGGAUCCAUGACAUCACUCAGCUGGAGUCUUGGGGAGAACCCUCUGUGCCUGCAUUGAGAUUCCUGACUCCAGGUUGUUGGAUCAAAGUGGAGAGUGAAACGUCCCCCUUUGAGCAGAGCCUGUCUGCAGAAGGAGGUGUCAGUUCAUCCACGCUGCAACAGCAAAUGCUGUGCUGUGCUGAGACACCCUUGCUAAGGACGGACAAUGUGACGAUCCUCCAGACCUCUUCGGGUCUUCCCAGGCAUCCGGUGACUUAUACUGUUGGGGACGCCCCCAUGAACACUGAGAGUGGAGAGGCCAUUCAGAGUGAGAAGAAGAACUGCAUAUGCAGUGACUGUGGCAAAACUUUUACUAGCACGUCCCACCUAAAUCGACACCGGAUGAUACACACCGGCGAAAAGCCUUUUCAGUGCAGCGAGUGUGGGAUGUGCUUCAGCCAAAAAGCCUUUCUCGUUAAGCAUUUCCGAAUUCACACCGGAGAGAAGCCUUUCAGGUGCCUUGAGUGUGGCAAAGCCUUCAAGCAUAAUAUCUCCCUCGUUUCUCAUCAGCGAGUUCACACAGGAGAGACGCCUUUUACCUGCACCGAAUGUGGCAAAUCAUACAUGACCAGAUCCAAUCUUACGCGUCACUUUCAAGUUCAUGCUGCGGAGAAGCCCUACAGCUGCAGUGAAUGUGGCAAAGCAUUUAAGGAGAAAUCCAGCCUCAUUUAUCAUGCCCGAGUGCACACUCGGGAAAGGCCUUUUCAGUGCAGCGAGUGCGGAAAGUCCUUCAGCCAAAAAGCCUUUCUCGUUAAGCAUUUCAGAGUUCACACCGGCGAGAAGCCUUUCAGGUGCAGUGAGUGUGGCAAAACCUUCAAGCACAACUGCUUCCUUGUUGCUCAUCAGCGAGUUCACACAGGAGAGACGCCUUUUACAUGCACUGAGUGUGGCAAGUCAUACAUGAACAGAUCCAGCCUUUUGUAUCAUUAUCGGGUUCAUACUGGAGAAAAGCCGUAGAAGUACAGUGUAGGGGUUUCAAUAGGUUUGGCGCCAUAGACUCAUAGGGAGUGACACUAUUAGGAGAUGUGGCCUUGUUAGAAUAGGUGUGGCCUUGUUGGAGAAAAUGUGUCGCUGUGGGGAUGGGUUUUGAGGUCCAUCGAUCAAGCAGCACCCAGUGCCGGGGGUGGGGGGUGGGGGGUCUCUUCCUGACUGCCUUCGGAUCAGGACAUAGAACCUCCGCUCCUCCAGCAUCAUGUCUGCCUGCACGCUGCCAUGGUUCCCGCCGUGAUGAUAAUGGACUGAACUUCUGAAACUGUAAGCCAGCCCCAAUGAAACGGUGUCCUUUAUAAGAGCUGCCUUGCUAAUGGUGUCUUUUCAAAGCAAUGGAAACCGUAACUAAGACAUGCAGCGAAUGCAUUAAAUCAUUGAAAAAUAAAAAAAGAAAAUCCAGACUUGUUUAUCAUGUCCAAGCUCAUACAGGGGAAAGGCCUUUUGAAUGUUGUGAAUCUGGGAAGUGUUAAAAACAAAACAAAACAAAACUCAUCUCAUGAAAGAUGAACGAGUUCGUAGUAGAGGAAAGGCUUUUACGUGUAAGGUGUGUGGUAUGCAGCCUCAUUUCACAUCAGGGAUUUUAUGGAGCAAAGCAUCAUGGGUUCAAAGAAUGCGGCGAAGUGUUUAGCUACAGGACUAGGUCUACUCUGGAUAGAAUAUAUGUAUUGAAUGCAAUGGAUAUGAGAAAUCGUUUCCAUGAUCUAUCUUAUCUAACACAAGAAGAUAUUCACUGGACAAAAGUCAAGAGUGCUUCAAAUACGGAGAGCCUUCACCCACACUUUCGUCAUAUUUAACCUAAGAGGCCACAGUGCAGAGAUGCAUCGUGAUUCUAGGGAGGCCUUUGAGUAAAGGUCUGCUCUUAUUGACAACGUAGACACAACCCAGAUAGGUCUGUGAAUGCAGAGAACAUAGAGAAAGCUUCAGCCAUUGACCAAGCUUGUUGAGCCUUAGGGGUGACUUUGAGCACAAGUCCUGAGAGUGGCCUUCGUGAAGGAGCCAAGUCAUUGAAAGUUACUCAUCAAAGAAGAGCACAGAGGCAAGAUGAGGAUCCUUGCCAUCUUCUUAUUCCUAAGAAGUUAAUGCUCUCUGGGGACUUAGCAAGACGAAGCCGUGUUCCUGACUGCACCUGUUUGGGGUGGAGUCUCCAUGUUACUGAGUUUGAAUGGGGGAGGAAGAGUGACCUCAGUUUAAAUAAGACAUAUUUUUGUUGUUUCUUCUA